CUACAGCCUACAGCUAUCAUAGAUAGCUGUCCUGGGUUCGUGCUCUCCUCGCCAGCGAACACGAUUCCAUCGCUGGAGGGACGGCAAUCGGCGAAUCCGAUACCAACACUGCUGUCUAUGUGAGAGAGCCGCACCGAGGCUUCCCAUCAUGACGUCCGUAUCGUGGGAUGACGAGGAGAAGACGGCGGCGAGCAACGUUCGAUGGCAAGGGAGAACACACAUCAACUUUGUGGCUGGAAGAUCCAGACUGCGGACGCUUCCGGUUGUGAUCCACAUCCUGCCAAGGGACAUCGGGUGGUUUUCGGCGGAUGCAUCCCUUUUCGACGAACUUAAGCUGCUGCUUCGAGAGCGGGUCAUCUCCGCCACUGGCAAUGGCGACAAGGAUGCCGAAGCACCCAAGUCCCGAAAGCGCGCCCGAAAGGAGGAGGUAUGCAUACAGGGCGAACGGCUUCAGUUCACGUACCGCUACAGAAAGACCUUGCCCAGGUACACUGUUCUGUCUUACACCGGAGAGGACAUCGAGAGCGCCAAUAGACGCAACAGCUCCGCUGGAAGCAGCAAAGGAAAACGUUCUGUUGGUAGCAAGAGCAGCGGCGGCGGCGGCCCAGCUUUCCGCCACCUCCCCCUCUCGGAGAGCACACUACUGGUCUGGGUAUACCCGUUCGACAAAGAUGACCCAUAUCGCCCGGUUCCCAAUGAGGCCGCCCUGCAGUUCGCAUCCUCGACAUCAACGCCGGCGGCAGCCGACCAAAAACCGCUUGACGUCGAAGCCAUCGGGAGGCGUUCGGGAACGGGGACAGGGGCUACGGUUGGCGUGCAGGGGGGUCCGCGAGAUACCGGUCUGUUGACGUGGUUGUGGGGAGGUGUGGGGGAGGAAGGGGGCACCGCAGCAGGAGGUGUGAAGGGGGGCGUGAGGCAGCACUUCAUAGGCAGCGCCUCGUGGCAAGGAAAAUCACCCUCGGGGCAACGACGAGAAGAAGAUGACGACGACAUCCAGCGAGCCAUUGCCUUGUCUCUCGCGGUUGAGCCGAGAGCGGAGGGCGGCGGGGUAGAAGAGAGGGCGACUGAUCUGAAAACUUGAGCAGCAUAUGUGUGUACGACUAUUGCAGCCUUGCAGCCGUCGGGCUUCUCCAAAGUAAGCCGUGGAUCACUGUGCAUGUUGCAAGAGCCUGUCGGUGGCAUUCCAAAAUUCCCAUGACGUCACCGGGGCUGUUUCACUCUCUACGCUAGGGCUUACUCCGUGUCUUUCGCUUCGCCAGCAACUCUUUUCCUGGGAUUCGAAGGCUGGGGAAUGCUUUGCGGG